UAUAGCUGUUUUAUAUAUUCCACCUGUAUUUGAUCGACUGAUGAUUAAUUUAUAAACUGUAUUUGAUGUUCCCAUUCUACAUAUGGGAUAUCAAAAAAAUUUGAAACAGACAUUUGGCUUUGUUUGUUUACAUUAGCAGUCGAGCCUCCAUUUUUAACAGUAAUCUAGCAGCUCAAGAACAAUGGCGGCCCUUUCAACUAAUCCUUACCUGGAGACCAAGUUCAACAACCCCCCUCUGGCUCGUCCUGACCCCUUACAACUACAGAGGUCACACACUAUGGACAUCAUGCCCCUGAAGAGGAUCACGGGGGUGAAGAUGGACGGACACAUGUACAACCCCAGACUGCCCUCUCUGAGGCGGAUUGAGAUGGACCACCAGUUGGGAAAGCUGCCCUACGAGCACUGCAGAAAUACUACGUGGCUUACCAAACGCGAGUUUGAAAACCCGACAGUGAAGAUAUUCGAAGACCGUCAAUUCAACAAGCAGAUCUUCAGGCAGUCUUCAGCUGGAACUCAAGGCAGUUCCCCCGAAGGAGCCCUGUAUUUCAACUCCCCGCGAGGAGACGGGGGAGUAGGGGCGAGUAUGACUCAUCGGGUUCCGAGUGCCAAUGGGGUGAGUAGAGCGGAGAUUGCAAGACGGGAGAUGGAGAACAUGGUUAAGGAACAGGAGAGGUUCUCGAACUAUUUGGCCGCUAAUCUAAAUGUGCAGGCAGCACCGCCAGAAAAUUCACUUCCACCGUUGCGACACGCGCAAACUCUGAAGGACGAGCCAGGUGUAGACUGGAGAGGUCAGUUGCCUGUGGCAGCCAGGGCUCUGGAUAAGCACAGAACUCUAACAAACAACCACUACAGUGUGGCUAACACGUCUUGGAGAUGAGAUCAUAGUACGAAACAAAACGUUCAAAUCAUGGCAGCUUCGCUUUACUCGAACUAAAAAAAACUCUGUGAACUAUUUGCGAGUUAUGAAUUAACAUCUCUCUCCGUGUGGAAAAGAAAGGCUCCACAAAAUACGGGACAUCUUUCGUGUUGCUCUUGAUCUUGAAACUGAAGUAGAUGCGUCUCUUUGUCACACUCGCUGACUGUAUUCGUAGAGUCACACGUUUCACGUUUUUGUCAAAGUUGUAAUGCUCUUCACUUGUGCUAAAAUUACAAUA